AUGGAGGAUACACCGGCUAUUGUAUACCCAAACGAUUUCGCGCAUUUAAAAAAUACAAAUUUUCAACAUCCACCAGGUCUAUUGAGGUUUGGAUCUCAGCCGUCGGCCAUGUCUAAACAAAAAAUAAUUCUUCAAAGUCUACUGAAAUUGUGUGACAGCGGCUUCCAUGGGGCCAAUCACGCCAUCGAUUCGAAAAACCGUUUAGCGCUGCGUGUAUUUUGGCUAUUAAUUGUCUUUGGAGCUUUGGUCGGUUGUAUUUUCAUGUAUUGGAAGUUAACAGGACGACACCAGGAGAAAAUACUUGUGACAGUGGUAGAGUCAUCACAGAAACCAAUUCAUAAUAUAGCAUUCCCUGCCGUUGCCGUUUGUCCCUUCAAUCACAUAAAUUGGAUGCGUCACAAAUCGGCUGAGGAAAAAUUUCUUCCGCAAAAUUCUACCGAGGAGAUCAUUAAAAUUUUCCAUGACUUAUUGGUCGCAAUGGAACGCUUGACAUUCACCACACUCAAUGACAUAGAAUUGUUGCUGCGCAAUCCAAAUAUUCCCAAGUCUAUACAGAAUAUCGUCCUCUAUGAUUUGGCCCUUUUUAUGGCAUUUCGAUGUAAUGAAAUUUUCGUUUGGUGUAUUUAUGAUGAGACUCAUUUGGAUUGCUGCAAAGUAUUUAUCACCGAACGCACUGAAAGGGGUAUAUGUUUGGUAUUCAAUUCGCUGAUAUCGGAUGAGUCUAAGAUAAAACAGCUAAGUGAUAAUUAUUAUCCUUGGAGAGCCAGAACGGGAGGCGAAGGAUCUGGAUUAUCAUUCAAAUUGCGCUAUAAUAAAGCAUUUGUUAGACCAGGAAGCACGCUUCCAUUCUCAUUCAGUAUUUUGAUAAAAGAAGCCGAUGAAUGGAGUUAUUCUCCUUUUAACAUUUUAAAACCAAAUUCCCGCAAUACCAUUAUGGUGACGCCCAUAUUUACGGAAACUUCAGCAAAUACUCGACACAUUGACCCUCAAAAGCGAAAGUGUAUGUUUUCGGAUGAAACAUCAUUGAUAUAUGAUCGUAUAGAAGGUUUACCCUUUAACCGAUUAAAUUGCCUGGUCCAAUGUGAGCAGAAAUUUGUGAUGAAAUAUUGCAAUUGUACGCUGUCAAUGUUUUUUCCUGGAAUGUCUGAAUCCCAUAAGAAGGAGUGUACAGUAUCAGACCUGAAGUGCCUAUACGAACAUAGAGACAUCUUCAAUUACAUCAAAGGACCGCUACAGGAUGAGUUCAUCAACGACACUAGCCGUGGCAUGGUUUGCAAUUGCGUUCAUAACUGUGUAUCACUGAUUUUUCUGCUUUCAAUAAAUUCACAACAUCUACAAAGCGCCAAUAACAUAGUUCCCGAAAUUGAUCUUGACGUUCACUUUGUAAAAAAUACCAUGACUAAAUAUGCAUCCCGCUUACAGUAUACCAAUAUGGACUUGGCAGCAAAUUUCGGAGGAAUUUUAGGCUUAUGCUUGGGAGCAUCAGUGUUAAGUGUGGCUGAAGUUGUAUACGCUGCAAUUAGGACUCUGUUUGCUUUGCUUAUCUUUAAAUGGAACAAAAGGCGUAGGCAACGACGGGUACAUAAAGUUAAAAUUUACAUAAAUAAUGCACCUUAA